AUGACCAACAUUGUUAUAGCCGCACCUGUCACCCCCAGAAUGUUUGCGUUUGCAAAAACUCACAAACCAGGGAGAGAACUCAGACCUGUGGUGGACAAGGCCAGAACACCAACUAUCAAUUUAGAAAAAGCUACACACAGAUUAUUAGUACCUCAACUGGACGGAUACCCACACACCAUAACCAGAUCGACGGACCUAGUUAACAUCCUUAAACACAUAUCGACACCUCCGAAAUUCAUAACUGUCUUGGAUUUCAAAUCUUUAUAUCUUUCCAUCAAUCUCCCAUUGGUAUUUUGUGCCAUAAGAGAUAUGCUCAUGCACAUGAUCCAAGAUAACAUGUUACAACAGGACAUCCUAGAAAUGUCACAUCUGUUCUGCCACAACUCUUUCUUCAGAUUCAACGGAGUCACUCACAAACAACAACGUGGUGUACCAAUGGGAAGCCCAGUCGCAGGAGACCUCUGCGAGAUUGUGGUGAGGAAACUCGAAUCGGAAUUCUUACCAUCUCAACUCCCACACAUUCUUCUAUACAAAAGAUACAUCGAUGAUAUCCUUAUUCUAUGGAAGAAGAUCCCAAAUAUCUCGACGCUAAUCGACACCAUCAACAAUAAUCCCUAUGGAUUAACGGUGGAAUUAGAUCAAGCCGACCCAAACCAAGCGCACUUAUUAGACAUUAACAUCAAAAUAGAAGUAUCAUCCAUCAAUACAGAAGUGUAUCAUAAACCAACCGCUCAACCUUUGUAUAUACCUGCAACAUCAUGUGACCCACCACAGUAUAAGAUGGCAGCAUUCAACACAUUAAUCAAAAGAGCAUAUUCACAUUCCUCGUCUCAAUCAGCUUUCAAUUCUGAAAUGCGACGCAUAGAGCACAUAGCUAAACAACAUGACUAUCACAACGUCUUAUGCAAGAUAAACAACAAGGUACUACAACAACAAUCCGACAACACCUCUCAUUCCAAUGAUUCCCUGGUUAAUCACGUACAACCCGGCACUUAA